CAAAUUCCAUCCCCAAUGGACGAUUUCGAUCAAGCCUUCAUCCAAGCCCCCGAGCACCGCCCCAAGCUCUCCGACGCCGAAGCCGACGGCAUCCCCACCGUCGACCUCUCUCCGAUCUUCAACUCCCCCGACGGUACCUUCCCCGAUGAUUUGGUCCGACAAAUCGCCUCUGCUUCUGCAGACUGGGGAUUCUUUUUUGUGGUCAACCACGGCGUCCCCCCCGAGAAGCAGCGCCGGAUCGAGGCCGCUGCCCGGGAGUUUUUCGGGCAGAGUUUGGAAGAGAAGAGGAAAGUGAGGAGAGAUGAAGGGGUAGUGACCGGCUACUCUAAUACGGAGCUCACCAAGAAUGUCAGAGAUUGGAAGGAGGUGUUUGAUUUCGUUGUGGCGGAUCCCACCGUCGUUCCGGCGUCGCCGGAGCCUGAUGAUGACCAGUUGGCUAAGUGGACCAAUAGAUGGCCGGAAUACCUGCCGGAAUUCAGGAAGGCUUGCGAGGAAUAUGUUGAAGAACUGGAAAAGCUUGGCCACAAAUUAAUGGAAUUGCUCGCCGUUAGCUUGGGAUUACCGGCGGAGAGAUUUCGAGAUUAUUUCAAAGAGACGACGAGUUUUGGGAGACUGAAUCAUUAUCCGCCGUGCCCGUCGCCGGAGCUAGCUCUCGGCGUCGGCCGCCAUAAGGACCCUGGCGUCUUGACGGUGCUUGCCCAAGACGACGACGUGGAAGGGCUGGAAGUGAAAAGGAAGAGAGAUGGAGAGUGGAUUCGGGUCAAACCCGUACCCGAUUCGUACGUUGUCAAUGUCGGAGAAAUUACUCAGGCUUGGAGCAAUGAGAGGUACGAGAGCGUGGAGCAUAGAGCUAUGGUUAACCACAAAAGGGAAAGAUAUUCCAUUGCCUUCUUCUUCAACCCAUCUCACUCCACCAUUGUCGAGCCUUUGAAAGAACUCAUCGAUCCCGAAAACCCUCCCAAAUACAAAUCUUACUCAUGGGGAAAGUACCUUUCGAAUAGAAUGCUCAGUAACUUUAAGAAACUGAAUGUCGACAACAUUCAAGUUUCUCACUUUAAGAUCUCCAACUAGCUUAUAUAUUCGGUGAUUCUUUGUUUUAGUCACUUUAUUAGGAUCCGUUUGGUUUAAGUUUUGAUUGGAUGUUCGUGGAUAAUAUAAAUAGUUCAUGUUAUUGGAAAUA